ACUAGCUUGAUCAAUAUACAAUGCAAGAAAAGUUCAACCAGGUUGGCAAUUUUAGGCUGGCAACGAUAGUAAAGGUUAGCAAAUUAACGAAAGAAGCUUCAGCUGCCCGCUUUCUCUCCACCUAACGGCAGGCUCAUGACUCAUCAUGGGCGCAUGGAACGGGGGCACAUGCACGGCACACACGAUAUAUCAUAUACUACUCCAAUAUCAUAUCAUAUAAAUAUAAUAAGCGGCUCACAGUGAGCCGCGCGCUUAUCCCCUCAUAUCCUAAUUGGGUUGCAAUAAUCAGUUCUUGUGCGAUCGUUCGUUGCAAGUAGCAAUUCGUCAGCUCUGCUCCAACUUCCAUUGAUUUGUCACUUUGUUUUUUUCUCUGCAUCGUCGUCGUACCUAGCACUAGCACUGGACGAAGCUAGUUUAAGCUAGCUCGCGGCCGGGCUCGUCGUCGUCGUCGCCGGCCAUGAAAGGCGGCGGAGGCGGAUUGUGGCGGCCGCGGGUGGAGUCACGGGGGACGUUCAGGCGGCGGCUGCUGACCGUCACCGCCGGCUGCUUCCUCUUCUUCAUCGUCUUCCUCCUCUCCUCCCGCCACGACGCCAUUGUUCUCCUCGACACCCGUCUGGGAGUGGGACGUCCCACGGCGGCGUCGUUGCGCUCGCCGGCGGCGGCCGACACCCUGCCGGACGCCGGCUCAGCUGGUCGCCGGAAUCAUGAGGCUCCCUCCUCGCCGGCCUUUUCUUCAGGGGUUAGAGAAACGGUGACCGGGGUGGAGACGAACGACGACGGCGCCGAGAGAGGGGCGGAGCCGGCGGAGCGCGACAACGCCGCGCCGGCCGCCGCGGCAGCCAUCUCCGGCGGCGAUCAAGAAGCACAACCAGGUACAGCAGCCGUGGAUGCGGCGCCGGGCCACGACAAAUCCUUGCGGACCGCCGCCGCCACCGGAACGUCUCCUCCACGGCACGAACAACCAGGGGAGACCACGACGCGUGCGGAUUCGGUAGACCAGCCGCGACAUCCGCUGUGCGACUUGUCCGACCACCGCACCGACGUCUGCGACCUCGCCGGCGACAUCCGCAUGGACGCCAACGCCUCGGCGUUCGUCGUCGUCGUCGACCCGGCGGUCGGCGCGGACGGGCCGACGUACAAGGUCCGGCCGUACCCGCGGAAGGGCGACGCCACGAGCAUGGGCCGCGUCACCGAGAUCACGGUGCGCACGACCGCGGCGGGGGCGCCGCCGCCGCGGUGCACGACGACGCACGCGGCGCCGGCGGUCGUGUUCUCGAUCAGCGGGUACACGGGCAACCUGUUCCACGACUUCACCGACGUGAUCGUCCCGCUGUACAACACCGCGGCGCGCUACUGCGGCGACGUGCAGCUCGUCGUGACGGACGGCAACGCGGCCACGCGGCGGUGGCUCGCCAGGUACGGCGCUGUCCUGCGCGGUCUGUCGCGCCACGUGCCGCUUGACCUCGCCGCCGAGGCCGCCGCCGGCGGCGGGGAGGUGCACUGCUUCGGGCACACCGUGGUCGGCCUGCGCGCGCACGGGGAGCUCAUCAUCGACCGCGAACGCAGCCCGGACGGUCUCGGGAUGCCGGACUUCACGCGGUUCCUCCGCCGCGCGCUCUCGCUGCCCCGCGACGCGCCCACGCGCCCCGGCGGCGGCCACGGCGACGCCACGAAGCCCCAACCCCGCCCGCGCCUUCUCAUCAUCUCCCGCCGCGGAACACGGCUUCUACUCAACACCGACGCCGUGGCGCGCGCCGCGGAGCAGGUCGGCUUCGAGGCCGUGGCAAGCGAGCUGGACAUGGCCGGCGCGGACCACGACGACGUCGCGCGCGUGGCACGGCUCGUCAACUCGUUCGACGCGGUGGUGGGCGUGCACGGCGCCGGGCUGACGAACAUGGUGUUCCUGCCACCCGGCGCCGCGGCGGUGCAGAUCGUGCCGUGGGGCGGUCUCCGGUGGCUGGCGCGGGCGGACUUCGGCGAGCCGGCGGUGGCGAUGGGGCUCAGGUACAUCCAGUACGAGGUCGCCGCCGGCGAGAGCACGCUCAAGGACAAGUACCCGCGAGACCACGAGAUAUUCACCAACCCGACGGCGCUGCACAAGAAGGGGUUCACGUUCAUGAGGCACACGUUUCUGAACGGCCAGGACAUCAUCGUCGACAUCGACCGCUUCAAGCCGGUGUUGCUCCGCGCACUCAACAGCCUCGCGCGCUAACCUAGGGUCUGUUUGGCAGAGCUCUAGCGCAAGUCUAAUGGAUGAGUCUAGGGUCCGUUCUGCAUUCGGCCUAAGCACGCAAACGUGUUCGGUCUGGCCCACAUGCGUCUUGCCCAUCUUGAGACACUGUGCUAGAAAAAAUUGACACAGAAUUUACAUAAAAAACUUUUAAUAUAGGAACAUUUUAUAUAAAAACAUUUCAAUCCAAAUUUGAAUUGAAGUAUACCCUUUUCUUCAUGAACA